AAACAAUUUUUUUUGUAAAAAAAAUUGAAUGACCUAAUUGAGCUGUUCAGCAAAAAAUUCGUUUAUGAUUAUGAAAUAUACAUAAUUACAUAAUUACAAAAUACUGAAAGAUUAUUAAUUCAGUGAUACAGAUAAGAGGAGAUACAAGGAUCCGUUAUUCCAAGUGACACUAGCACAAUUUUAUGGAACGUACCCUAAUAUUUUACGAAAAAAUUGUGCAAAAACCACCACAGAUGCACGUAAUUAAUAUAUUACGACCAUGAUUAAAUUAAUUAUUAUUAAUCCUCGGCCUAAAUUGGUUGAAAUUAUUAUUAAUUUAUGAUUUUAUUGUGACAGUUGUCAACAGUGCACUUAACCUCUCUUUCGCAUUUUUGGCAAAAACCUGUUGAAAUCUAUGAAAAAAUGAAAGAUAAUUACUUUUGCUCGGUUUCAAACUGCCAUACCAACAGCCGAACCCACCCCUUACUAUCUUUCCACCCAUUUCCCCCCAAAGACACGACUUACCUCUCCGUAAGCACCCUCGACGCCGGUGGUCCCAAAAAACUGAUGUGCAUCCGCAAGCUAUGGGAGGAAAUCCUCCUCAUGAGAACCCCAGCGCGUUGCGAGCGCGUCUGUUCCAUGCAUUUCCAGAAGACCGACUACUACGGAGAGACCACAGUCCCAGACACCCUCAAUGCGAGGGCGAUCCCCACCUUGAACCUGCCCCAAGCCCCCAUCACCGUCCGCGAGUGCGACGUGCGCUCGUGCCACAACCAGGACAACGUCCACAAAAACAAGCACUUCUUCACGCUGGAGCGCAACGAGACGAACUGGACACGUUUCCACGCUUGGAAGAGGUUCACCAGGGCUUGCAGCGACAACCAGGUGACGGUGUGCUCGGACCACUUCAUACUGGGCUUCCCGGUGGACGAUCCGCUGAACCCGGACCACGUCCCCAGCCGCAAUUUGGACCUCCAGAUCGAGGAGGUCGACGUGAGUGUUUUUGGGGGCAGUGUGAGUGUGGGGGACUGCACGAGGGAGGACCCCCUCAAGUUGACCGGACCCGAGUACGUAGGCGUUGAUCCGGACGAUAUACAAAACGCGGGGGAACUACCGGAGAAUAUUUUCGAGGAGUGCAUCAAGGUGGAGCCGCUGGACUUGGACGAGCACUCGGUGUUUGAGCUGGGGGAGAUUAAAGUCGAACCAAACGACCAAAUCGACCAUUCUUAUUGUAAAUAGUUAUUAAUUAAAGUUAUUUUGAAUUAGUUGUGAGUCGGUAAAAAAGAUUCCUUUGUGUUACCGACCGUCUAUUCACACAAGAUUGUAAAUAUUUAAUAAAAUCAAUGAAACUGUAUAAAACGCAACUUGAAUAAACGUUAAGUAGAAGCCGGUCGUUUUGCUGAACCCUCCUUAUGGGGCCUUCGGCCCCCUAAACUCAUGUUUAUUUGACAUAACCUUAGAAUGGCCCUUUGUCAAGUCUCGCCGAGGCAGCAACAGUUCACGUCAUGAACCACAUCAAGAAUCACCCGUUUGAGUGCGAACUCUGCCCCAAAAAGUUCAAACGGAGGAAUUGGCUAAAGAUGCAUGUGAGAAGUCACGACAAAAGCCACAGUUUCGAGUGCCUCUUGUGCGAGAAGCGGUUCAAGUUCAAGCACCAGUUGCAGAAACAUGUCUUUUUGGUGCACAGCAAUGAGAGGCCGUUUUGUUGCUGCGUGUGUGGCAAGGAUUUCAAAUUGAAGCAAACGCUGCAGAACCAUGAGAAGGUCCAUUGCGAUGAAAAAGAGUUCGAGUGUAGUGUUUGCCAUAAAGAGUUCAAAUUAAAGCUCCACCUGAGGAACCACAUGAAAAUGCACAGUGAUAUCAAGCCCCACGAGUGUGGCCUCUGCGAUAAGACUUUCAAAUUUAAGCAGCAGUUGCAGAAUCAUCUGCUAGUUCAUUCGGGGUAUAAACAGUUUGAGUGUGAAUUUUGCAGCAAGAGUUUCACGUUUAAGCAACAGUUGAAUGUUCAUUUGAAAAUUCAUCUCAAUGUGAAGGACUUUGAUUGCGACGAAUGUGAGAAGGGGUUCAGAACGAAGCAGCAGUUGCAGGUGCACCGCAGUAAAGUGCACAAGGGAUCUGAAUAAUUAUUUACAUUUCUGUCUUUUAAUUUUUUACAAAAUAUAUUGUUUUUUUGUUACACAUUAAUGUGUCUUCUUUGUUACGAAAACAUUAUUUAGUUUAGGCACAGGCUGAAUGAGUCUAGAAAAUUUUAUACAGUAUUAGGAUCUUACAUUAAUUUUUUUCGGAUUUAUUUUGCUACGCCUCUGGUGCGUCUGUACAAGUCGUCUGUACCCAUCAUUUAUGUUAUCAAUUAUCAUUAACAUUUUUAUCUCAUAUGAGUCAUCUGACCCAGAUCAAUUAUGAAAUAAAAGUUUAUCUCUUCAUUUCUUGUUUUUCAUUAUUCCCUCAGUGAAGUAAGAUGAAUUUUCGGGUAGUUGUCACACUAGUGAUGGGGCUUUGCCUCGUUUGUGGUCACCCCAAGUCAGAAAUAAUCAAUUCGAAGUUGUCACCAUGUGAUGCACUCGGUUAUAACCGGGACACCAAAAGAAUGAUGUUUGACCAUUCCAACUGUGCUCGACUGUGCAAUUUGGAGCGGAAGGCUGGAGGGCAAUGCAAUGACAUGGGCGCUUGCAUUUGCAAAUUAAAUGGUACAGGAAAUGAUUUAUGAAAUGUAUUGGUUCAAAUAAUAAAUUAUGCGUUUUUU